AAGAGACAGAGAGACGCACACUCACAGCUCGAUAACAAGAGAGAGGACCAUCGUCCACAAGGCCCAAGGCCUAAGCCUGAAAGCAGCAGAAACCUGAGAGUCUGAGACCGGAGGCAGAGACUCCGUGCUUUCACAGAUCGGACCAAAACCUCAGUGAUUCUAUAUUGGGCUCGCGAUAUCCUAAAUGUGGAUUGAGCAAACGCCAAUACCUGCCUCUACGAGGAUUCUUCAUAUUGUUUUGUAGUGCUCGAGUGCCUAUCUUUCACUUGGGAAAACCCCUUGCUUUCUCCUGGAAUUCUCACAUCCAAUUUAAGUGCAAUGGGAAUACAAGUUCCAGAUAUUUGUAUGGACAAGGAGCCAGAUUGUGUCAUAGUUUAUUCAAAUGGUGUUUCCCAUGAUUCAAACCAUGAGACUGCUCCCAUUCAUCAUGAUGGGUCUGAGUCAUACGAGCAUAUUAAUGAGGGUCCUGAAAUCCAAAGUUCAGAAGAAAGCACUGAAGUGAAGGAAUAUGAUGUUAAGGAAUGUACUACUGAAAAUUCAGUAGAGGUACCUGAACUCUGUCAUAAUGAAAAAUGUAAGGAAGAGCAGAAUGCAAUAAACUCACAUUUUAAAGCUGGUCUGCCUGAAGAAAAGAUAAAAUCAGAAACCCAGAAGAAAAAGGACAAUGAUAGGUCACAAAUUCCUGUCAAGCAAGCAUCUAGAGCUCUUGCUGCAAAUUUUCGAACAAAACACACUGUUCCACAGCCAUUUGCACUAGCAACUGAAAAGCGUGCCUCAUGUGGAAUUUCUCCUGCUGGUGCUCAACCUGAUGCUGGGACUCGCCUGAAUAAAUCAUCUGCUGCUAACAAUUUGCGACAUCCAAAUACCACAAAGCCCUAUCAGCAAAUAUCACAAGUGGUACCGAGGAAGCCGCUGCAACCUGAUAACAAGAAGCAUCCUGAUGAAGAAGAUUCCUGUUCUGUUGCUUCCUCAACUGCAGUAUCUACAAGGGCAAUUAAGUCCAGGCCGACUGUUGCAUCAGCUCCAAUAUUUAGAUGCACUGAGCGUGCAGAGAAGCGGAGGGAGUUUUAUUCAAAAUUAGAGGAGAAACACCAAGCAUUGGAAGCUGAGAAAACUCAAAGUGAAGCAAGGACAAAGGAAGAGAAAGAGGCAUCUAUUAAACAACUGAGGAGAAGUUUAAUGUUUAAGGCAAGCCCAAUGCCAAGCUUCUAUCAUGAGGGACCUCCACCAAAGGCUGAACUCAAAAAGUUGCCACCAACUCGUGCAAAAUCACCAAAGCUGGGCCGAAGGAAGAGCUGCAGUGAUACAGUCAGUUUAUCCCGGGGACACAAGGUGAAAGGAGCUUGUGCUCAGGGAAAUCGUCUUAGCCUUGGUAUUGUCAAAGAAGAAACCACCACCGAUGGUUCCACCUUUAUUAAGGAUCAGAUCAACAUCCAGAAUGGUAAUACCCUGUGCAAAUUCGAAGAUGAAUCCAAAGAAGCAGAAGGGAUAAACGAAUCAUUUACAACCAAGGCUAAUGGUGAGGGGAAUGUGGUUGUUAAUGUCCAUUCUUGAGUUUCUGGUGAGUUUUCUAAUUUAUGAGAGGAAAUGGAUCUUCAUUUUCUCUAGUUUUCUUGUGACUGCUCUAAAAAAUAUGUGUAAGUUAUUUCCUUUAACAUGCAAGGACUUGUUGCAGUGCUUUGUUUAAUGUAUGAUGUGUAAAUUCUGUAAGUUAUGUCCAUUCAUAUAUAUAUAUAAAGGAUUCAUCUUUCCUUUCCCUUUU